AUGGCGAACAAUACGACCGCCUCAACGACCCUCACUCCGUCCGACACGGCCAUGUUGGACACUUUCAUCCCCGGAUAUUCUCUUCUCUCCCAUUUUCUCAUCUCUUACAUGCACAUCGACCUCUCCCAGUACAUUCCCUACAUCAUCACGGCGCUGGUCCUGGUCGCUUCGUCGCGGUACACCAUCUAUCGCUUCCAGUACUUAGUUAAAGACUACUGCGUGUCUACGGCCGAGAUCCGACUUGAUGACGAGAUCUACAACUACCUCAUGUAUUGGUUGACGCAGCAGCCAUUCACCACUCGGACUACGCAGUUCGUCGCCAGCACCAAAACUGCCAGCACGUUCCGCACCUUCUUCUACGACGAUGAAGACCACGACAGCAACGGUGCCCUCGAUUCCGACGACGAAUACGACGAACAGGGCAACGCACUCGCCUUUGAUGACUACUGGGCCAAGGCCAAGACCCGCGACAAGUUCAAGCGACUGCGCUUCACCCCGGCCGAGGGCACCCACUACUUCUGGUACCGUGGGCGCCUCCUCGCCUUCAUCCGCGAGCGCGACGACAAGAACAACAGUGGCUCGUCCUGGAUGCGGCUGAUGAGUCCGGAGCGGCUGUACCUGUCGUGCUUCGGCCGCGACCCAACCAUCUUGAAGCAGCUCCUGGAGGAAGCCCAGCGCGCAUACGUCGCCCGCGACCACGACAGCACGGUCAUCUACCGUGGCCAGAAACACGGUAGCUACCCGGACUGGGUGCGGUGCAUGUCGCGCGCGCCGCGGCCCCUGUCGACCGUCGUGCUGGACCAAGCGCAGAAGAAGGCCUUCGUCGCCGACAUCAAGGAGUAUCUGCACCCACGCACGCGUCGCUGGUAUUCCAACCGCGGCAUCCCCUACCGUCGCGGGUACCUCUUGCACGGGCCGCCAGGCACAGGCAAGACGAGCCUCUGCUUCGCGACGGCGGGCCUGCUCGGCGUGGCGUUGUACCUGCUGAACCUCAGCUCAAAGAAUCUGGACGAAGACGACCUCAUGGCGCUCUUCCAGGACCUCCCGCGGCGGUGCAUCGUGCUCCUCGAAGACGUCGACUGCGCGGGCAUGACACACAAGCGCGACGGGACCGGCGACGAGGCGAAGGACGGCGACAAGACCGAAAAGAACGGCAGCACCGACGCGAGCAAGACCAGUCCCACCGGCGCCAAGGGCGACGAGACGACCGACCAGUCCGGCACCAACAAUCCCAAGGGCAUCUCGCUGUCCGGUCUGCUCAACGUCAUCGACGGCGUGGCCGCCAGCGAAGGCCGCAUCCUCGUCAUGACCACCAACCACCCGGAGAAGCUGGAUGCGGCGCUGCUGCGCCCCGGGCGGGUCGACAUGUCGAUCAAGUUCUGCUGUGCGGACAAAGAAGACACCAAGCAGCUGUUCCUGGGGAUCUACUCGACGCUGGAGGGCGACGUGCACACGCGGCUGUCCGGCGGUGCCACCGGCGGUGCCACCGGCAAGAAGCGAGUUCGCAAGACGCCGGCGGCGCCAUGGCAGCGGCUGUCGCCCGAGGAGAUCGAGAAGCUUGCGGUGGAGUUUGCGGAGCUGGUCCCCGAGGGCGAGUUUAGUCCGGCCGAGAUCCAAGGGUAUCUGCUGUAUCACAAGAACGACCCCGAGGGGGCUAUCGACGGGGUGCGGAAAUGGGUGGAGGAAAUGCGGGCGAAACGCGAGAAGGGAGAUGUGCCGAGCGAGACGAAGCCGAGCGAGAAGAAAUGA